GAUCCCGGCGUCGUGACAUCGGCCGCCAAAGGGCGUAGGAGUGGCGUCUCUCCCACUAGAACCGAGAACGCGCUGCGAGGCGGCUCUUUUUUUUCCCCCGUGUUCUCUGUUGUUUCGGCGAGGACCGCCAAAGCAGGCGCCGCCAUGUCUUCCGCCCUAGCAUUCCCUCAUCGCGUCGGAGCGUCGUACGCUGCCUUUCCGGAGUCGGCCCCCUCACCAGACGCGGCGAUGCAACUCCUAUAUAAGUCCAGCAGAGGGAUCCACGUUCCGCAGUACGCAUCUUUGUAUCGGCACGUCGCGGUUUGGUGCAUACCCGUCUUACGUGUGCUUGGCGUAAAGGGAACAAGCGAAUCAUGAUAAAGAGGGCCGUCAUCGCGUUCUGCCUUGUCCAGUGGGCCAGCUGCCAGUUCCCGCAGUUCCCGCAGCGAUUCCUUCCGCAGGCGUUGCCUAAGCCCGUUCUCGUGCCCGUCGUGACCGGCGCCGGGCCGGUUCCCCUGGGCUGGUCGCCCUACAGCUUCGCGUACGACGCGCUGGGCGCCGACGGCUCGAGCACGCGCAGCGAGUCCGGCGACGCGCAGGGCCGCGUCACGGGCUUCUACACCCUCACCACGGCCGAAGGCUCGAGACGCCGCGUCAGCUACGUGGCCGACGAAAACGGCUUCCGUGCCACCGUCGACACCAACGAGCACGGCACCGCCGACGAGGCGCCGGCCGACGUUGUCUGGAGGUCCACCGCCCCCAAGGUUCACGGCGGAGGCAUAAUCACGCGACCAGCGGGUGCUUCCGGAGCCCAGGCCGCCUUCUAUCCCGCCGGACAGGUGCAGCAGCAGCAGCAGCCCUUCAAGUAUCCCUUCUCCAAGGCGUGAUGGCCGAGUCGAGCUGCCGGUUGUAUGGCCACGAAUCGAGAACUCGAGCGAAGUGCGUUGUGAAGACAACAGGCUGGCCGGCAUGCAACGUCCGCGGUGGGACGCAUGCGCGGUCGUGACGCGAAUGGUGCGAGAGGCCUUUAAUAAAAGCCGUCCAGAGACACACCUGA